CGGAGGAGGCGGGGCCGAGGGGCUGCCGGGAGCGGCAGGGUCGGGCUCAACCCCUUCCCCAAACCGCCACGGCAUGGAGGGCCGAGGGGAGGGAGCCGAGGAGCCGCCCCAGGACCUCCCCCAGGAGCAGGAGGAUGCAGAUGAUGAGGAGGAGGAUGAGGAGGAGGAGGAGGAGGAGGAGGGCGGGGUGCGGAUCACGGCGCAACUGCUGAAGGCCAGCAGCGGGGAGUUCGCGCUGGAGUCCAUCCUGCUGCUGCGGCUGCGCGGCCGCGGCAUCGCCCACCUGGGCUGCUUGGGCGACUGUGCCAAUCUGGAGUGGUUGGACCUAUCCGGCAAUGCCAUCACCCGCCUGGGCCCACUGGCAGCCCUCAAAGCCCUGGCAGUCCUCAACCUGGCCCAGAACCGCGUGGCCAGGCUAGAGCCGCUGGCAUCGUGCCCCAACCUGCAGAGCCUCAACCUGGCGGGCAACCGGCUGGGUAGCCUGGCACGGCUGCGCUGCCUGAGCGGGCUGCGGCGGCUGGAGAGCCUGCGGCUGCGCGACCCCCUGACCGGCAUCGCCAACCCGCUAUGUGCCAGCGCUCCAGCCUACCGCGCCUCGCUGGCUGCCAUGUUCCCCGGCCUCAAGUCCAUCGACGGCGAGCGGGUGUCGGGGCGCGGCAGCGAGCUCUACCAGCUGUGCCGCGACCUCGACAGCUCGCUGGGCCGCGGCGCGCCCACCGGCGGCGGCACCGGCGGCCCCGAAGCGCCGCGGGCAGCGCAGCCCUGGGUGGAAGCAGGGUUCUGGGAGGCGCGGGCGCCGCGGCGCAGCUCCAUCGUGGAGGAGGCUUACCGGCAGUUCGGCGAGGCGCUGCGCGAGUGCCGGGAGCUCAGCCGGCGCGCCGACGACUCCAUCGCUCAAGCGCAGCGGGCACUGGGCACCCGGCCCGACCCCGGCUCCUUCGUUUUCUGAGACCCUCCCCCCUCAACCGGUACCAGGAGAGAAGACUCCCAGCAGCAUCACCCCCGUACUGUAUGCUGCUAGCACCGGCCUGGCACGGCCCUCGAUGGAGGGACAAUGAGGCAGCUGGAGUGACACUAAAGCAGCCAGAGGGAUACUGGAGUGGCUGGAGGGAUGCUGGAGUGACUGGAGGGACACUUAAGUGACUGGAGUAAGACUGGAGGGAUAAUGGAGCAGCCAGAAGGAUACUUGAGUGAGUGGAGGGAUACUGCAGUGACUGGAUGGGUGCUGGGGCAACCAGAGUGAUGCCAGAGCAGCUGUGGUGAACCCAGCCUUGCCUACAGCCUGGGAGACUGUCAACCCCUCCCCCUCCACCAUGCCAAAGGUGACCCCCCCACCCAGAGCCAAGGGUGCCAGGGCUGCCCCUCAAGCACUCCAGGACAGGGGACAGCAGAGCCAUGGCAGGAGCCAAGAUGUUACAGGGAGCCUGAAGGCAGCCUGGGUAGUGGGGGAGGGUGCUGCAUGGGGAGACUGGGGGGUGCCACAGGGACCAGGGGACAUGGUGGGGUCGAGGAUACACCAUGGACUGGGCAGUAAAAGCUCUGCUGGCCUCCAA